AUGAGUGUAAGGUUACCCCAGAGUAUAGACAGAUCAGCCGGUAAAAAGCAGUCUCACCUGUCCAGCCCCAUUGCAGCCUGGUUAAGUAGCCUGUCUUUGGGAGAUUCAGCACCUGAACGCAAGUCCCCUUCUCACCACCGCCAGCCCUCUGACACAUCUGAGACAGCAGGUCUUGUUCAACGCUGCGUCAUCAUCCAAAAGGACCAGCAUGGCUUCGGCUUCACAGUCAGCGGGGACCGCGUCGUUCUAGUACAGUCUGUGCGGCCUGGAGGUGCAGCCAUGAAAGCCGGUGUGAAAGAAGGUGACCGGAUCAUCAAAGUGAACGGCACCAUGGUGACCAAUAGCUCACACCUGGAGGUGGUGAAGCUCAUCAAAUCUGGUGCCUAUGUUGCUCUCACCCUCCUGGGCUCUUCACCCUCAUCCGUUGGUGUCUGUGGACCCCAGCAGGACCCAGCCCCAGCAGCAGCUCCCCGAGUCACCCCGGUGAUCCCCCCCCCACCACCUCCUCCACCUCUGCCACCUCCACAGCGCAUCACAGGUCCCAGACCUCUGCAGGAUCCCGAGUUUCAAAAACAUGCUACCCAGAUCCUUAGGAAUAUGCUGAGACAGGAGGAAAAAGAGCUACAGCGUAUCUAUGAGGUGUAUAGCCGGAACCCCGCCAGCCUGCUGGAAGAGCAGAUGGAAGGCGCCCGGCGGCGAGUCACUCAGUUACAGCUGAAGAUCCAGCAGGAGACUGGUGGCUCAGUGGACACACUUCCAGCGUAUGGCGACACCAGCCAGAGAUCGUCAGAAGGCCGACUCUCUCUGGAUUCCCAGGAAGGGGAUAGUGGCUUGGACUCCGGCACAGAACGCUUUCCUUCCCUCAGCGAGUCCUUGGUGAAUCGGAACUCGGUCCUGUCAGACCCUGGGCCGGACAGUCCGCGGACCUCCCCCGUGACCAUGGCCCGGCUGGCGCAGCGCCACCAGCGGCAGGGCUCAGACGCACCAGCCCCCCCCAGCAGCGACCAGGGUGCAGAUCAGAGCCCAAAGCCUUUAAUUAUUGGCCCAGAGGAAGAUUAUGACCCAGGUUAUUUCAACAACGAGAGCGACGUCAUAUUCCAGGACUUUGAGAAACUUAAGUCACGGCCAGCCCACCUGGGGGUUUUUCUACGGUACAUCUUCUCUCAGGCAGACCCCAGUCCCCUGCUUUUUUAUUUGUGUGCAGAAGUUUAUCAGCAAACAAACCCCAAGGAUUCCCGAAGCUUGGGAAAAGACAUCUGGAAUAUUUUCCUAGAGAAAAAUGCGCCUCUGAGAGUGAAGGUCCCAGAAAUGUUACAGGCAGAAAUUGACCUGCGCCUGCGAAGCAGUGAGGAUGUCCGUGCGGCUCUCUGUGAGGCUCAGGAGGCGGCCAUGCCGGAGAUCCAGGAGCAGAUCCACGACUACAGAACAAAGCGCACCCUGGGGCUGGGCAGCCUAUAUGGUGAAAAUGACCUGCUGGAACUGGAUGGGGACCCUCUCCGUGAGCGCCAAGUGGCCGAGAAGCAGCUGGCUGCCCUAGGAGACAUCCUAUCCAAAUAUGAGGAAGACAGGAGUGGCCCCAUGGGCUUCGCCCUCAAUACCUACAUGAGCCAUGCGGGCAUCCGUCUUCGAGAAACACGACCCCUCAACACGGCUGAAAAGGCCCAGUCUGCUCCUGACAAAGACAAGUGGCUACCCUUCUUCCCAAAAACCAAGAAGAGCAGCAAUUCCAAGAAAGACAAGGAUGCCUUGGAGGACAAGAAGCGAAACCCCAUUCUCAAGUACAUCGGGAAGCCCAAAACCUCUUCCCAGAGCACAUUUUAUAUUCCCUUGUCCCCUGUGGAAGUCAAACCUGGCAACGUGAGGAACAUCAUUCAGCACUUUGAGAACAACCAGCAGUACGAUGCCCCAGAACCCGGGACGCAGCGCCUCUCAACAGGAAGCUUUCCCGAGGACCUGCUGGAGAGCAACAGUUCACGCUCAGAGAUUCGCCUGGGCCGCUCCGAGAGCCUGAAGGGCCGGGAGGAGAUGAAGCGGUCCCGGAAGGCGGAGAACGUGCCCCGCUCUCGCAGCGACGUGGACAUGGACGCCGCCGCGGAGGCCGCCCGCCUCCACCAGUCGGCCUCCUCCUCUGCCUCCAGCCUCUCCACCAGGUCUCUUGAGAACCCAACACCUCCCUUCACCCCCAAAAUGGGCCGCAGGAGUAUCGAGUCCCCCAGCUUGGGGUUCUGCACAGACGCCCUCCUCCCCAACCUGCUAGAAGACGAUCUGGGCCAGCUCUCUGACCUGGAGCCAGAGCCAGAUGCCCAGAACUGGCAGCACACAGUGGGCAAGGACGUGGUGGCCAGACUGAGCCAGAGGGAGAUUGACCGGCAGGAGGUCAUCAAUGAGCUGUUCGUGACCGAGGCAUCCCAUCUGCGUACACUCCGGGUCCUGGACCUGAUCUUCUACCAGCGGAUGAAGAAGGAGGGCUUACUGCCCCGCGAGGAGCUGGCCCGGCUCUUUCCCAACCUGCCUGAGCUCAUUGAGAUCCACAAUUCCUGGUGCGAAGCUAUGAGGAAGCUCCGGGAGGAGGGCCCCAUUAUCAAAGAAGUCAGUGACCUCAUGCUGGCUCGGUUCGACGGCCCCGCCCGGGAGGAGCUCCAGCAAGUGGCCGCACAGUUCUGCUCCUAUCAGUCCAUCGCCCUGGAGCUGAUCAAGACCAGGCAGCGCAAGGAGAGCCGGUUCCAGCUCUUCAUGCAGGAGGCCGAGAGCCACCCUCAGUGCCGGCGACUGCAGCUUCGAGACCUCAUCAUCUCCGAGAUGCAGCGGCUCACCAAGUACCCGCUGCUGCUGGAGAACAUCAUCAAGCACACGGAGGGCGGCACCUCUGAGCACGAGAAGCUCUGCCGGGCCCGGGACCAGUGCCGGGAAAUUCUCAAGUAUGUGAACGAAGCAGUGAAGCAGACGGAGAACCGGCACCGCCUGGAAGGCUACCAGAAGCGCCUGGACACCACCUCCCUGGAGAGGGCCAGCAACCCCCUGGCAGCAGAGUUCAAGAGUUUGGAUCUUACAACCAGAAAGAUGAUCCAUGAGGGGCCUCUGACCUGGAGGAUCAGCAAGGAUAAGACCUUGGACCUCCAUGUGCUGCUGCUGGAGGACCUCCUGGUACUGCUGCAGAAACAGGACGAGAAGCUGCUGCUCAAGUGCCACAGCAAGACGGCCGUGGGCUCCGUGGACAGCAAGCAGACCUUCAGCCCCGUGCUCAAGCUCAACGCCGUGCUCGUCCGCUCGGUGGCCACAGAUAAACGGGCCUUCUUCAUCAUCUGUACUUCGGAGUUGGGCCCACCCCAGAUCUACGAGCUGGUGGCUUUGACGUCAUCGGACAAGAACACGUGGAUGGAGCUCUUAGAAGAGGCUGUUCGGAAUGCCACCAGGCUCCCCGGAGUUGCCCCAGCACCCACCCACCCCCCGCGCCCAGGCCCCCAGGAGCCAGCCGACCAGAGCCCCACACCCAGCAGGGCAGGACCGGAUGACUCCGAGGUGUUCCACGGUGAACCGGAGCCUGAGGUAGCCCCUGCAGGCAUGGGGUGCCAGCCGAGGGCCAAAGGGAAGCACUCGGCCCUGCUGGCAGAUGCUGAGCAGGAGGGCAGCGUGGAGGACGAGGAGCUGGGAGCCCUGCCUCACCCUUCUGCCUCGCUGAACAGCGAGUACAGGGGGAGCAGGACCAGGGACCCCAUCCUCCUGCCCCUCCCGGGCCCUCUGUUCAUGGAAGGACUCGCCGAUGCAGCCCUGGAGGACGUGGAGAACCUGCGGCACCUGAUCCUGUGGAGCCUGCUGCCUGCUCACCCCGCGGACCCACGAGCUGCCGGGGAGCCUGAGGAUGACCUGACCCCUACACCCUCCGUCAUCAGCAUCACUUCGCACCCCUGGGACUCAGGCUCCCCGGGGCGAGCUCCUGCUGGGGCUGAGGGGGACGAUGCCCCACUUUCGGGGCCAGAGUGGAGCCAGCCAGCCCAGGAGGACAUGGCUCUGCGUUCUCUGGAACAGCUGCCCCCAAGGACCAGGAAUUCUGGGGUCUGGGACUCUCCCAAGCUAGACAAGAAUCCGGAGGAAGAAGCUUCGAGCACAGAGGGCACAGGAAGCUACAAGGUUGUAAGAAAAGCGGAGGUGGCAGGCAGCAAGGCGGUCCCUGCACUGCCAGAGAGUGGCCAGUCAGAGCCUGAGCCACCCGAAGUGGAAGGCGGAGCAGAGGCUACGGGGAACUGCUUUUACGUCAGCAUGCCAGCAGGACCCCCCGACUCGAGUACUGAUGCGUCAGGAGCACACAUGAGCCCUUCCCAGCCUGACGGCCUCCCUGCCUGGCAGACGGAGCCUCAGCCCCCACUCCAGGGAGGCCAUGGAGAUCAAAAGCGCCCCGGCCGCUCUCCCCCAAGUCUGGCCCUCAGGGACGUGGGCAUGAUCUUCCGCACCAUCGAGCAGCUUACCCUCAAGCUCAACCGGCUCAAGGACAUGGAGCUGGCCCACAGAGAGCUGCUCAGGUCCCUCGGGGGUCAGUCAUCUGGCGGCACCACACCUGUGGGCAGUUUCCACACAGAGGCAGCUAGAUGGAUAGAAAGCUCCCUCUCCCCUCCAGCCAAGGAGCCCCCGGCCUCUGACUCCAUGGACAGCCGCGAACUGGGGCCCUGUCCUGAGGACGGCCCCACUCCGCUGGAAGACGGCACGGCAGACACAGCCACAUCCCCAGGACCGUAG